CACAGUUCUAAGAAUGGUGCCUGUGUGUCUAGCUGUGCCACCGUGUGUGUCGUGGAAGAGGCCGUAGAGCAGAUUCUGGCGAACCCUAACCCCUGACCCUUGUGGUGUGGGGGGGUAAGUUCGGGGAAAUGCGCUGCCCCACCCUGCUGGCCCUGCUGGCGGGGGUCAUGCUGUACCUGGUGAUGGGGGCGUUGGUGUUCCGGAACUUGGAAAGCCCGAAGGAGAGCAAGGAGCAUGAGAAGCUGCUCUGCACCACACGUGACUUCCUCGGAAACCACUCAUGUGUCACUGCACAGAACCUCAGCGACCUCAUAAAGAGUGUGGUGAAGGCGGUGGAGGCAGGCCUGGACGUAAAACACAGCUCCACCAACUUCACUAGCAGGUGGGACCUGGCCAGCGCCUUCUUCUUCUGUGGUACCAUCAUCACCACCAUUGGGUUUGGUAACCUGUCUCCCAGGACCAAAUGGGGCCAGCUGUUCUGCGUCUGUUAUGCCCUGGUAGGGAUUCCCAUGUUUGGUUUCCUGCUGGCUGGUGUCGGGGACCACAUGGGGACGGGGCUGAGGAAGGCCGUGUGGAAGAUGGAGACACUCUUCCUGAAGCGGCGGAUCAGUCCCACCUAUGUACGGAUCAUGUCUGCUGUUCUGUCCAUCCUGAUUGGCUGUCUGAUCUUCCUCGCCGUGCCAACGCUGGUGUUUAAGGAAGUGGAGGACUGGUCCUUUCUGGAGGCGCUCUACUUUGUGGUCAUCACCCUCACCACGGUCGGCUUUGGAGACUACGUAGCAGGUGCUAACCGGAGGGACGGAGAUCUGUUUAAGCCCCUGGUGUGGCUCUGGAUAGUGUUUGGCCUGGCUUACUUUGCCUCUAUACUCACUAUGAUCGGGAACUGGCUGAGGGUGCUGUCCAAGAAAACACGUGCUGAGAUGGAGGAGUUGAGGGCCCAUGCUACAGACUGGACCCAGAACAUCCAGAACAUGUCCAUGGACUUCCGGAUCCCCAACCCUCUGGACCUCAACGACCCCUUCCUGCUGCAGCGGCGCCGCUGGAAACGCAGCACCCGGCGGCGGGUCCGCAGGGGGGCGCUGGGGCACCACGGCAGGCAGGGCGUCAUAGGGGAGAAUGGACAUCUGCCCAAUAGGUGGGUCUCCCACACCCGCUCCAUGACCCGUCUGGAGGUUGUGAGGUUAGGGGGGGGCGAGGUUAGGAAUGAGGGGACGAGGUUAGGACCAGGGGCGGUGCUAGGGGCGGAUUCCAGAGUCAGUGCGAGGUCAGAGGGCAGGUCGUUGGGCCGGACGGUGGCGAGGUCGCUGUCGCUGUCGAUGCCUGCGGCGCGCUCUGUGAUGGAGUUAGAUUAUGACCUUGAUCCUGUUGCUAUGAUGAUGCUGCAAGGGGAGUCUGUGUCACUGUCCGAGUCUCCAGAGUCUGACUCCAGAUCAGAAGUCUCCUCCUCUGACUUUCAUACCUAUGACAUGUGUACACCAGGGCAGGGGAUAACUUUUGCCAGUUUUGACGCCAGUGGGUCUCUCUGUACUGUGAGGGGAAGCCAGGGAGGAUCCAGGCAGGUAUUUUUCCAGGAGGAUGUCCGGUUCCCUGUGCCUCUCCAGCAGCUCCCCAAGUCCCACAACCCCACCAAGCCCAUCCCUAUGUCGCCCAUAUUCUCUGUGAAACCCAUGCCGCUCCCCAUGCCCACCCCGCCAGGCUGCAAAAUGCUAGAUUUCUUCGGGGAGAACUUGGCCUACAUUGACGAGUCGUCGGACACGUUGAGUGACAGGAACCAGCCGAUUGAGGGGGCUGUCAGUCCCCGCCCCCGUAAGCCCCGCAGGAGGAGCAUAAGGAGGCAGCUGCCCCACCGGAGCCCCCUGAAGGAGAGGAGGGACAGUGACAUGCAGCCCCCCUCCAACCCCCCGACACCUCCCCCUCUCAGAGACUGACACAGUAACAUGCAGUCCCCCUCUAACCCCCCCCCCCACCCAACCCCCUCUCUCCCAUCUCAGAGACUGACACAGUAACAUGCAGUCCCCCUCUAAAACCCCCCACCCAACCCCCUCUCUCCCAUCUCAGAGACUGAUGAACAAACUGACAGGCACAGGUCAUGAAGGGGGAUAGUAAGGCUGGUCUUUAUUACUAGUGUUCACAGGAGAAGCAGACCCCAAAGCUCAGAUGUACUUAUAUUAUGUACUGGGGAUAAAGGCCAACAAUAUACUAGAACUCACUGACUCAGGACCAUAGUCGCCAUUGAGAUAUAUUUGUAUGAAAACCAAUGCAUGUAUUCAGCAGCACAGAUAUAGAAUAUAUAAACUGUCUAAGCUCAGUCAAGUCAGACUCACUGGGUUGAGAAAUAGCACCAUCUCCUGGCUGGUAAGUGUAGUACAACAUCUCCUCUGAGUAGGUGUAGCCUGCUGUGCUGUCCGCUACUGGAGCUCAGCCCAAACCUCAGCCCUGGUUUUUAAAUCACUGACUAAAGGACUGAAUAACCAUGUUAGAUCUGGCUUCAGAGGUCCAUUUCUCUGUAUAUCCCAGUGUCCUUCAGCAUGUGGGAUAUAUAGUGCUCUGGUUGAAUAUGGGCCGUUCCACAACAGGAGUCCCUUUUCGGAAAUGUCAUUUGGUGCAAAACAUUUUAUUUGACAUCAUUUUAAUUCUGUCAUAAAAAGCACAGAGUUCAACUUAAUA